AUGUCGUCCACGUGCGAGCGCCGAUCGGAGCGCACAGACCACAGGCUCGAGGGAAUUUGCCAGGCGGAGUCUACAGCGGCGCCAUUGAUCUUCGAGGACGCGCAGUCCGAGAGGGUCACACUCGCGAACACGUGCUGGGGCAGAUUAUUCCGGGCCCCCCAGUGGCGGCGCCUUUCCAGUGAGGAGCACGACAGCGACGACGACGCCGAGGACCAGAGCGCCUUCCCGCUGCAGAAUCUGCCCAACCCUGGCACGGACGACCAGGGCGAGGCCAAGGCCGAGGCCGCGCGGGACCCCUGGCCGACGGGCGGCUGCGGCAGCGCCCCCGCCGCUGGGCCAGUGCGGGGCGUGCCCGGCGCGCUCCCCCGCGGGGUCGCCCCGGCGGCGGCACCGCGGCGCCUGUGGGGGAUCCGCGCGGCCGCGGCGCAGCGGGAGCCGCCCUCGCUCCGGGCACCCCGGCGGCGGUGCCGAGCCGCCCCGCGGCGCCGCUUGUGA